UUACAACUCCAGUUAAAGUAUCGGUAUAUAUAUUGAAAAUGAGAUGUCAUAUCCAUGUAUUAGUGAUUCCUAAAAGCGCGUACGGGGCGCAGACGCGUCCCUAUCGAGCGUACUUGAUAAGCGACGGUACGGUAAGCGGGCCAGUCAUUCGAGUAACUCCACUGCCGUGCAAUAAUUGAAAUAUAUAAAUUCCUCUUCCUAUACAACAAACUGAUAACAAUGGUACAUAGUGGCAUAUAGUCCGGCAUGAGAAGACUGAUGUUCAUGGAAUUUCAAUAUUGCUAUUUGGUGGAACGUCACUUAUUAUUUUGUGAGUUUAUUAUAACUGAUAGUAAAAAAUAGCAAGAGAGAGAAGAUGCGAGCUUGGGCAUGGUGGUUUGCGUUGAUGGGAGCAAUGGCGGGGGCACGAGAGUUGGACCCGGCGGCGUGCGCGACGAGAUUCGACGUGCAGCGUGACAAAAUCAUACGCACGGAGGAGUCACGUGACAUGGGGGCUCGCUACCUGUCGGAGCUGGACGUGGGCGCGCGGCAGGAAUGCCUGCGACUGUGCUGCGAGACGGACACGUGUGAUGUCUUCGUAUACGAGGAGAAGAGUCCAGGUAGCUGUUACAUGUUCAACUGCGGCCCUCCUGAAGACUUCAGAUGCAAGUUCACAGCUCACAGCAACUUCAGCAGUGGCGUGCUAGCCCUCAGCAGGCGGUUGGCUGAACUGCAAGAUCAGGAGAGGCUUGCACAUCACGAACAUGAGCUGGCCAGUCUCAGGACUGCAACGAGCACCACGUCGACGACCACCAAACCAGUCACCAUCCCUCCACCACCGCCGCCGCUAAUGCAUCCGCAGCAACCCGAACCGCCUCAGAUACCAACAGGUCGAUGUAGCCGUUACCAGUUCGAAUGUAGACGUGGUGGCGAGUGUAUAGCGGUCUACAACGCUUGUGAUGGCGUGCCGCAAUGUGCCGAUGGUAGCGACGAGGCUCCCGAGCUGGCCUGUCCGCCGUCUGCGCCCGCGCAACCGCCGCCACCACCUGCCACCUCGCCACCCUCACCACCACCGAAACACAUACAAGUACAAGAAAGUGCAGAUUCAGGUGUGAGUGACAGCGUGGCAAUGGAAGGUGGAAGUGCCCUUGGCGGAGAGAGGUGGCCACAUAGGCUGGCGCAGGCACAGCCACAGCAUAGGUAUAAUGAUGCAGGGCGCAGUUCCCACAUCUUCAGCCAUAAAGGAGGAUUACUUCAAGAUGCGGAGCCACAGAUGGCGGGGCCUGGCCCGGCGAUGGGCACGCAGUACGGGCCUCCAUUCGAGCCUCCCUGGCCACGGCGGCCCUGGGGACAGCCGCAGACGGGUUUAGAUUGGGGUGUUGGUGGUGGGUAUGCUCGUCCUGAGUGGUCUGAGCCUGACCCGCGCCGUGCAUGGCCUGUACCCCAACCUCGCCCUGACCCGGAAAUGACGGUAUACAUACCACCGAAGACAAUGCCGGAAAUGCCAAUGGUAUACACGAGCCAGCAGCAAACGCUCCGGGACAGUCCCAAGAAAGGAUUCGACCUGGAGAAGAAACCGGAGGGUCCAGAGGCAACGCUGUCUCCGCCGGCUGUCCAGGUACCCGAUCGCAGGGAAGAGACGCCACCAUUAGAGAAUACCACUAAGAAGAAAGUUCUUGCUGAAAAAGCUACACCGUCAAAAUCGGAAGUGAGUGCGUCACGUGAGAGUGCGGCCCCGGCGGGGGUCGGCGGGGGUGCGGGGAGCGCGGCGCGGGCGGCCGCCCCCGAGCCGGUGGCGGUGCACGAGCACUAUGCGGCCGACGAGCACGACGGGCUCAGCGAGCAUCCGCCCUCCGCCAUACUGCUGCUUGUGCUCGGUAUCGCGAUGACGACGGUGAUGGCCGCUAUGGUGGGGUGCAGGGCUCGGGCUGCCAGACGGCGGUUGAGGCGAGGAAAGUCACCUUUUGCUCAUGAUGCAGACUACCUGGUCAACGGCAUGUACCUGUAAUGGUACUACCAUCAAUAAACCGGUUGUACCUACACAAAUGUCCUACAUUCCAGCUAUUUUAUUGUGUAAAGUCUUUGCUGACAAUUCUCAAUUGUAGCCUAUGGGAAUCGGUGUUCGCAAUUUUAUAAUGUCAAUUACAAGUUUAGUAUUACGACGCGCAAUGGCAAUUGUGAAAUAAUCCAUAUACAAUUGCAAAACCGUAUAAAUUGUACGGUUUUGCGUUUGUAUAUGGAAUUACAGAUGCAAAACCGUCAAAAAUAACAAAUGAGAAUUGUUAUCAAUGACUAACUAAUUAGCAUUUGACAUGCAAUGUCAGAUCUCAAAAAUGCCAUAUCAGUAAUAGAAACUGUUGUAAAGCAUUCACAUAGCUUGCGAUUUUCUAUAGGGAGUUCUAGUGUUCUAGAAUGUCCUAAUUUUAAACGCCGAAUAGCAAGCAGAUUAUGAAUAACUAAAAAUGCGCAUUGUUUUCGAACGUUAUUCUUUAAUGAUGUAUUUUUCUACAUGGGAAAAAACUUUUAAAAUGAAUUUAUCUUUAUAGUCUCCUAAGACUGUAUUAGAUACAUUUAUUAUGUUUACAUUAAGAUUUUCAUAAUCUGCUAUAUUGUGAAUGAAUACAAAUGUAAAAUAACCAUAGCGGGAUAUGAUAAGUAACAAAUUGUAGUAAGAUCGCUCUUACUUGUGUGAUGUACAAAGUUAGACUAUUAUGAACAGUUAAAAAAAUUUCGUUUAUUGUUAACGUUAACGUUAAAAAGCUAGCUAAAUUAUUUAAGCUUUAUUGACCGUACCUAUAGAUUAUAAAAAUAUGGUACAAAAGGUGAACUUAGGCAUUUUAUACAUACAAUUGGGAAAAAUCACAAGACGUCACCACGUUUUAUUUUUUUUUUUAUUUUCGAAUAAUACUGCUGAAAUAUCGGGAAUCUCAAUAAAAAU